AGUGCCAGUAGGGGGAGGCCGCGGAGAAGAAGUAGAAGAAGGAACAAGGCAACAGCCAUUGAAGAAAGAGAGAGAACCUCGUGUUUCUCUUCUCAAACCCCCUCUUUUUUCCCAAAAAUUAUUUCCCAGUCCUCCUCCUCCCUCCCUCCUCGCUCGCUUUCCGAUGCCCGGAUAAUUACCGCCGAGGGCUUCUCUUCCGAGACCUUUACCAUUCUCAUCCCCUACCCACCAAAAAAGGGGUUCGGGCUUGUCCGUUGAUGCCCGGCCCGCCACCGUCGGCGAUGACGCAGCGCCGGCCCUCGGCCUUCUCUUUCUUCCUUCUCUUCCUCGCGGCCGCCGUCGCCGCAGCCUCACCGGAGGCGGACACCCGCGGAGUGGAGAAGGCCUCCCUCCUCCAGCUCAAGAGCUCCGUCUCCAACCCUGCCGGCCUCCUCCGCCAGUGGUCCGCCGCCUCCGGCUCCGACCACUGCUCCUGGGCCGGCGUCUCGUGCGACUCGAGAUUCCGGGUCGUCUCCCUCAACAUCUCCGCCAGAGCGAGCGAUGGCGGUUCAUCUUCUUCUUCCUGCUCUCGAUCGGGGCCGUUUCUGCGGGGCUGCUCGGAUCCCCGCCGGCGGCUCGCCGGGAAGCUGAGCCCGGCGGUGGGGAAGCUCUCCGAGCUCAGGGUUCUUUCGCUGCCGUUCCUCGGCUUCGAUGGAGAGAUCCCUGGCGAGAUCUGGGGGCUGGAGAACCUGGAGGUGCUUGAUCUAGAGGGGAAUUCGCUCUCCGGGGCCCUCCCCUCGCGGUUCCCUCUGCGGCUCCGUGUCUUGAAUUUGGCGUCUAAUCUGAUCCAAGGUGAGGUCCCACUCUUCCUCUCGAGCUGCGGAAAUUUAGAAACCCUAGACCUCUCUGGGAACCAGCUCAACGGUUCCAUUCCUCGGUUUCUGGGUAAUCUCUCCAAGUUGAGAGAACUGUAUCUCUCUUUUAACCGGCUCGCAGGGUCCAUCCCUGAUGAAAUUGGUGCUGGAUGCCGCAACCUGGAGUACCUGGACCUAUCUGGAAAUCAACUGGUUGAUGGCAUUCCUCCUAGUUUGGGCAACUGCACGGAACUUCGAGCGCUGCUGCUGUUCUCCAAUCUUUUGGGUGGUUUCAUUCCCUCUGAUCUUGGACGACUGAGAAAGCUUCGGGUUUUAGAUGUUUCAAGAAACAGCUUGAGUGGCCCUGUGCCUGCAGAGCUUGGGAACUGCCUAGAAUUAUCUGUUCUCGUUCUUCUGAAUCUGUAUGAUCCGAUGCCCAGCGAUGACUCUUUGAACUUUGUCGAUGUUGAUGAGUUCAAUAGUUUUGGAGGUGAGCUUCCUGAAAAAAUCACCUCCUUGCCGAAGCUUAGGGUGCUUUGGGCUCCGAGAGCGAUGCUUGAAGGCGACAUUCCGAGCAACUGGGGCACUUGUGAGAGAUUGGAAAUGGUUAAUUUGGGUCAGAAUCUACUCACUGGAGGGAUUCCAAAGGUGUUUGGCCAAUGCAAAAAUCUAAAAUUUCUUAAUCUUAGCUCAAACAAAUUGAUGGGUUGGAUUGAUGAAGAGCUUCUUGUACCUUGUAUGGCUGUCUUUGAUGUCAGUGGGAAUCAGUUAUCAGGCUCCAUCCCAAGGUUUAGAUACAAACAGUGCCCUUCAUCUCAAUUCUUACCCAAGGACCUGUCGUCUGCUUAUUCUACAUUCUUCAUGUAUAGGACUUAUAUGGGUCUGUCCUUGCCUUAUUUUGAAUCUGGUGGUGCAUUUGCGAUAUAUCAUAAUUUUGGCAAGAAUAAUUUCACAGGUACCCUGCCAUCUUUACCACUUGCCACCAACAGAUAUGGAAACCAGACUAUUUAUGCAUUUCUUGCUGAAGGGAAUAGUCUUAGCGGAUCAUUAAAUGCCAUUAUAUUGGAGAAAUGCAAGAAUUUGAAUGGGUUGAUCACUGACUUAAGUAACAAUAUGAUAUCGGGUGGAAUUUCACCAGAAAUUGGUGCCAUGUGCAGAUCUCUUAUGGUUUUUGAUGUAGCAGGUAAUCACAUUGCUGGAACAAUUCCCCCAAGUCUUGGGUUAUUGGGUAAUCUUGUUAGUCUGGACUUGAGUAGGAACCGUCUUCAGGACAAGAUACCUGCAAGUUUUAGCCAGUUAAAGAGCUUGAAGUACCUAUCAUUGGCUGGUAAUAAUAUUAGUGAUCGCAUUCCCUCUGGCUUGGCUCAGUUACCAUCUCUUGAGGUUUUGGAUCUCUCUUCAAAUUCUCUUACUGGUGAAAUUCCUGGUGACCUCGUGAACUUGAGAAAUCUCAGUGUCCUUCUGCUUAACAACAAUAAGCUUUCUGGAAAGAUUCCUUCUGCUUUUGCUAAUGUGACAACACUUUCCAUGUUUAAUGUGUCGUUCAAUAAUUUGUCUGGGCCGCUGCCAUUGAAUGCCAGUACAAUGAAAUGUGAUAGAGUUCUGGGAAACCCUUUACUCCAGUCUUGUCGGGUAUUUUCUCUUUCUAUUCCACCAUCAGAUGUGGAAGGUCACAGUGGGGAUUCACGAGCAUAUACUGAUCCACCACCAGGAAGCUCUCCUACUGAGAGUGGCAGUACCGAUUUCAGUCCUAUCGAGAUUGCUUCAAUUACUUCGGCAGCAGCCAUUUUUUCUGUCCUAUUAGCUCUGAUUGUCCUCUAUGUCUACACAAGGAAAUGCGCACGGAGGUCUGCUAUCCAGUCUUCUGGCAGAAGGGAAGUCACAGUUUUUGUGGACAUUGGCGUUCCACUGACUUAUGAGAGUGUUGUCCGAGCCACAGGGAAUUUCAAUGCAAGCAACUGUAUUGGAAGUGGUGGCUUUGGUGCCACAUACAAGGCUGAGAUUUCACCAGGAGUUCUAGUGGCUAUAAAGAGACUUGCAGUUGGAAGGUUCCAAGGCAUGCAACAGUUCCAUGCAGAGAUCAAGACUCUUGGGAGAUGGCGGCAUCCCAAUCUUGUGACUCUAAUAGGAUAUCAUGUUGAUGACGCUGAAAUGUUUCUCAUAUAUAACUAUCUGCCAGGGGGUAAUUUGGAAAGGUUUAUUCAGGAAAGAUCCAAGAGACCUGUGGAUUGGAGGAUGCUUCACAAGAUUGCUUUAGAUGUUGCAUGUGCACUUGCUUAUCUGCAUGACCAUUGCGUGCCCCGUAUCCUUCAUCGGGAUGUUAAACCAAGCAAUAUUUUGUUGGACAAUGAAUUCAAUGCUUGUCUCUCCGACUUUGGAUUGGCAAGGCUUCUAGGAAAUUCUGAAACCCAUGCAACCACUGGUGUGGCUGGAACUUUCGGAUAUGUUGCUCCAGAAUAUGCAAUGACAUGUCGCGUCUCUGACAAAGCAGAUGUAUAUAGCUAUGGUGUGGUGCUACUGGAAUUAAUCUCAGACAAGAAAGCCUUGGAUCCCUCCUUCUCUCCAUAUGGCAAUGGUUUCAAUAUUGUUGCUUGGGCAUGCAUGCUGCUGGAGAAAGGUCGGGCACGUGAGUUUUUCACUGAAGGGCUGUGGGAGGUGGGACCUCACGAUGAUUUGGUAGAAACGUUACACUUGGGUGUCAAGUGUACGGUUGAUUCACUUUCUAUCAGGCCAACAAUGAAGCAAGUUGUUCGACGGCUAAAGGAACUGCAACCCACACCUCGCUAGCACCAGUAAUAUAUACUUGAGCAACGUAUUCACACUUGGAAAGGUAGCCUCAGACAAGUUGUGCAUGAAAUGGGAGGCAAUGCAUACCACUUCCUGCAGAAUAAAGUUGCAAUUUCUUCAUUUUAUGUUGCUUCAAAUGCUACAAAAGGAGGUUUUUGAUGUAUGACAACAGGUGAUAUCGUAUAGAUGCAUGCAAUCUCUUAGUUCUGCAGUAACCCAGGCAUCCUAAGUUCAUGAUCAUCUCCUGCAGUUAACACAACUCCAAGUAAGCUGCGGGAGGUUCUCCAAGAGAAAACUGCUUGCAGAAGAUCCUGCAUGAGACAAUGACUUAUGCACGUGGCAUGUACGCCACAUCCCAUUGUUUGGAUGGUUGGCAGGGGGACGAGCCACAGAUAAGCUAAUCUUCAGGGGCAUUGCUCCUGAUAUCAGGUUCUGGUUUUUUGGUAACAUGGACAACUUUCUUGGCUGAGAAAAGAAAAACUUAUGAACUCAAGAGGUUUGUGGGUUCCUCAAGCAGCAUUCAAUCUCAGUUUGUGUGGACUCAGAAAGACAGAAAACAAUUGUCACCUUUUUUGCACACCAUGCAGCCAGGAUGGUAUUCUUAUGGAAUGCCGAAGGCAAUCAUGAUCUAUCACCGAUCGCUGAUCUAUUUGUGCAACAGAAUAUGUUUGUGCAGUCUUAUGGGGCUGCAUGACCAGGAGUGAGUUAAAGAUUGCAUCAAAUCAGUUUUGCAGCAGCAACGAGUCAGAGAACACAGCUUAAUGGAAAGAAAAUUUAUCUGAAGAAACUCCCAGCUGCUAUUUAAGGUCAGUGGAUGGAAAUAUGCCUAUCUGGGGAGCGGAUCAGUUUAGCAUCUGCUGACUGUUUGUUUGUUUUUUGUUUAUGAUCAGACCAGGAGAGAGCAGGGGAUUACCCUAACUUCUGUAAUGGUCAAAACAACGUAUCCACCCUUGUUUUCUCACAAGGAGCUUGUGCCUGUGGGUCUCAUUUGCCACCAAAAGUAUAGUAUUUGUUUGCCAUGUUUCCUUUCUUGAAAUGAAAUGAGGUUAAGCCGAAAAUGGUUGAUCAGUGUAUAAGUUCAGUCAUCAUAAGCUAUUUUCUUUGUUUCCGGUGUCUCUAUUUCGCUCUUUUAAAUGAUAACGUUCGCCAAUCCAGGACGGACCGAGCGAAGUGAAAUUUGUGUUCUUUGCCCUGUACAGUUGAGUUAUAGUUCAAUAUGGUUUUCCAAAUUCAUUAUUCAUGGCUGAAUUAAUUUUAUGCUUUUUGGUU